CUUUCCAACUAUAAAAGGUGGUACACUUGCCUCUCAAAAUCUCAUUCUCUCCCCUAUCUCCCCUCUAGCAGCGUUCUUCCUUAGCAGAGAUGGCAGUGAUCCCCUCUACUGAGGCUGUGGCGAAUCUCUUUUCUCAGCAGUAUUACACCAUUCUUCAUAUUAAGCCCGAGGAAAGCUACAGAUUCUAUGAAAAUUCAAGUGUGGCAACCUGGGAUGAUGCCAAGAAUGCUGUGACAACACUUGAUGGAAUUCGCGAGAUGAUCAUGGCUUCCGACUUUAAGGGCUGUCUGGUUGAAGUGGAAGAUGUUCACUCCCAAGAUUCCUUACAAGGAAGCAUUCUUGUUGUGGUUACUGGUCUUGCCACCGGGGAAGACAAUUCGCAGAGAAAAUUUAGCCAAACGUUUGUUCUUGCUAAACAUAAUACUGGUUUCUUUGUCAUAAAUGAUAUUUUGAGGUUUUUGGAUGACAAAGAACCAAAAUCUACAUUGGUUGCUGAUUCAGAACCAGUCCGAGUUUCGGUUGAUAUCGGCAUACAAGUAGACGAAUUAUCUGCUGCUGAUGGGAAGAGUGUUUCUAUAGAUUCAAUUGAUGCUAAAGUAACAACUGUAGAAAUUGCAGAAACUCGACAACCUAAGCAGACAGUUUCUGAGGUGGUUGCAUCAGACAUGAAGGAUCUUGCUCCUAAGUCAUCUUACUUAGAAAUGUUGUCGAAAGGGAAAACAUCCUCGACCCCUACACCAGCAACCCAGUUUGUCAGGGUGUCUGCUCUCGAUAGUCUCUCGGGGCAAGAAAAGGUUGCAGCACAAAGUGGUUCGCCUAAGGCCAACAAUGUGACCAAAGACGAAGCUCCUCCAUCUCCAACCAAAACUACCAAAAAUGCAGCAGAGACUAUUCCUACCCCAAAGGGAAUAUAUGUCGGGGGAUUGCCAUCGAAUACAACAGUAAAUGAUCUCAUUGAUGGUGUCAAGAAAUUUGGUAGAGUCAGAAAUGUUGAAGGUGUUCAAGUCAUUGUGUUGGAGGAUAAAUACUGCUAUGGAUUUGUACACUUCCAAUCUGCAGAUUCUGCAAAGAAGGCAGUUGAGGCUAAAGUCAUCACUGUAAAAGGAAAGGAGGCUUACAUUUCUUAUAAGAGAUUUAACAGGAAUGCGAGAGCUGCUGCAGAUGGCAAUGGCAACCGAGGCAGGUCUCCAUCAAGCCGAGGCAAAUCCCACAGCCGAGCUCCAUCGUGCAAUGGUCAUUCUAGCAAUGGUGACACUCACCAUUUGGACGCAAACCAGCACAACAACAACAACAAUGGACACAAAAGUUCAGAUGGAAACGGUGGAGAAGCUGAUGAUGGGUGGUGUGAUCCGAGGAGGAGGAGGAGAAGGGCGAGGGACCAAAGGAGCAAUGGAGAAGCACUCCAAGAUCACAAAAGUAGCACUGCAGCCACUAGCCAGCAGUAG